AUGCUCAGUCGGGCCCGGGUGCUGACGGGUGUCCUGCGGGAGCAGGAAGCCGGGGUGCGGCGGGUGCCACCCAGCCACCGCUCCCAUCCAACACUGAGCAGCGAGAGGAGCCGCCUGCGCCCGGCACCGCCGUGGGCAGAGGUCUGCCUCACUUCUGGGGGCUCAAUGGCUCCAGUGCUGGUGGAGGGCUCAGCAGCCACAGUGGCCUGGGGCUUGGCCACCACUGGCCUCUUGCUGCUGCUCCUGCUCCUCCUCUGCUCCUUCUUCCAGAGGGCAAACCGGCCGUCUUCCAGUCAGGAAACAAAACAAAACCCUGAGCCUGUCCAAGGGGUGAAGCUGGCAAGGCUGAGCUCCAGCGACGGGGGAGCAGCAAUGCCAGGAGGCACCCCCUCUCCUGGUGAGCUCCAGGAUAACCCCACAGCAGGGGACCCCAGGCUGCACGUGCCAGGCUGCAUACCCAAUUCCCACACACCCUCCGAACCAGUCUUGAGGACUCCAGAGUUUCUGCGGCACCGGGAGUUGCCAGUUCUGCCCGGGGACACCAGCACAUCUAUGGUGGACCCUAUGCCAGAUCCCGAUGGACGAAUCUAUGAAAGCAUCCGGUACAAAUCUGGGACGCAGAAAAAGCCUGGGGAUGCUGGCAGCGUCCAGGGGGACUCCCCAUCCCUGACCACUGGGGAUGAGCUGAGCAUCUCCGUGCAGGAGAUCAUCACCCAGGAGCAGCCGGGCAGUGAGGGGAGCCCCGUUCCUGUGUAUGCCCAGGUGUGCAAACAGCGCCGGCAGCCUGCUGGGCCCCCUGAGCCCCAGGAAGAAGAAGAAGCUCCAUCACUGCCAGAAAAGCGCUUUGAUGUGGGAUAGGAUACCCCGGAUAUGGUUUGGAGCUGCCACAAGCCCAGCCUGUUCGUGCAAGCUUGAUGGAGGGUUUUCCCGGCUGCAGACAGCAGCCAUGGAGAGCUGCCUGCUCCCUCCCCAAAUCUGACAUUAAGCAUAGGAGGCCCAGGUUAUCCCCUGGCAUCCAGCAUGGGGGUCCCUGAGCAUCCCUUCAGGACACCCCCAUUGACAGUGGGCUCACGGGGAGUGGGUGGUGGGUGAUCCCCACAUGGGGUUGACUGAAGAAAAACCACAGAAGGAAAAUAUGUGAUUAUUUUUGGAGAAGGUCUGAAAAGAAUCCAAAAAUGACUACCAUGUUUGGGGGUGUUGAUCAAAUCUGAGCCAGCAGCGUGCCCAGCAAUGGCAUCCUGGCUUGUGUCAGCAAUAG